CAUUCGGUUCUGCUUUGGAGUCAAAUUCCAGCAGACGUCAGAGGAACUCCUUCAAUAUGCCACAUAACGGGACAAAGUGCGGCUCUUUCCGCCACUCGUUGGCUGUUUGGCAGUCCGUGUGAUGAGCUUUCACUUACGGAAAAAACUCGAAAUAAUCUGAGGAUCUGACAUGUAUUAAACAGAAGAAUACAGACGCGAACUUUCUUCAGAUUUGCCGAUAAUCUGGACAGCGCGUUCCGUACGCAGGAAAUGGACCAUUUAACUCGUACAAUAGUGUCUCUGUUUUUGUAAUCUCAUCCAAGCAUCGAAUAAGAUUGCAUCAAAAAGCGUCUUAUAUGGUCACUGGUAAUUGGAAGGCUUGAGAUCUAAUAACUCAUAUUUAUUUUCGGGUUGGAAACGUCGGCGUCGGGUUCAUGUGUAAAUGCGGACGCGCGCGUUGAGAGAAUGAGGCACGCGCCGUUUGGAGUUUAACUUUAUUCUGCACUUUAUUCUACACUUCUAUUAUGUGGGUUAACCGGUUUUAAAGCAUCAUGAUGUUCACAGGUAUGAUCAAGGUGGAAAGCAACUCAACACACAAGACUGACAUGGACUCCAAGUGUCACCGGUGCACCGUGAGGGCAGGUGGUGCGAGCACAGACACAGCGUCUGGAAUCUCUCGCAGGAGAAGCUUCAGACGGCCGGGAUACAUGCGAGCAGAUCCGCUCAGCCAAGUGGCUGCUGAGACGCCAUGUGAUUCCAACAGAAAUUCCAUAACUCCCAUUGGUGGCCUGUCCACUAGUGAGAACACUCAAAAGUGCGCUUCUGAUUUGCCAGGCAGCCCCAGUGAGAAAUGGCUCGAGGAGGUUUUUGAGAAAGACAACUCUUCCAACGAUUCUUCCAAAACUCACUGUUUACGUGAUACCCAAGUGGAAGAAACUUCUAGAACAGUCCCGUCUCGAGACAUUUUCAAUUCCAGCUUUAGUUUCAUUCAACAGUCACUAGAAACCAGCGAUUUAACAAAUGAAACAACCACAAGUGAGAAUUCUUGGAAACCGACUUCUUCUGAAUCGACUUCAUGGGAUCCGUCCAGCUCAGAUACUUUAAAACCUCAAACUGUUAUUGUAAAUAAGUUUGAAGAUGGUUCAUUGAGCCAAUCGGAGAGUAACACUGUGCCAAUUAGCCAAUCAAAAUCAGAGGUUUUCACAUUAGGCCAACUAUCAAUUGGUCAGUCAGUGAAAGGGAAAGGGCUCUUAUUGGACAAAGCGCUGUGGCUAGGAGACUUGGACAUUUCCUGGCGUCACAGGGACAGACAGACCUCGUCCAUGACGUCUGACUUCAAAGAAAGUGUCCAGGACUCGGACUCUGGCUCUCUGGACACUGAGGUCACAUCCUCGCUCUCGGUUGAUUCAUCCGACUCGACCUCGGGCUCAUCCGUCACCUCUGGCUAUGACAGCGUCACCCCAUUGUCAGACCAGAGUCGAGGCGGUCUGAUGAAGAAGUAUGAAGAUGUUCUUCAAGACUGUCUGCAAAACAACCGCACAAACACCAAGAUCGAGUCCAUAAUGCUGAAACUACAGAGAUUACAGCACAAAGCAGUACUGGGCGAUGACUAUGAUACAGCUGAGCAUUUCGGAAGGCAACUAGAGGAACUGCGACGAGAGAGAGCAACUCUUAAACCUGGUCUUCCAUCCAAACAUCCUGGAGUCUGUGGCUUUCUAGAGUGCCUCAGGACAGCAGUGGACAGUGCCCUCCAGAGGACAAAUAACGUCAGGCAAAAUGGAGAUUUGAAUGAAGUUCUGGGAAGUUCAACCAGCUCUCAUUGUCAACUACAAACACGAGAGCAACUGCUUCAGGAGAAACUGAGGAUUCAGAAGGAGAUGUGUGACCUCCAGCGGCGGUUAGAGGAGCUUCAGGAGCAGAGCAGAGCUGUGGAGGUUCAGCUGCUUCAGGAGAAACGGGGACUGGAGGUGGAGGAGGUGGAGGGGUCUGUGCUCACAGGCUGUGAUAUGGUUCAGCUGCAGCUGAUUGGUCGAACUCUGGAGGAUAUGAUGACAUCAGAGCACCGAGCUCAGAUCAGUGUGUCUGCACCAGCACAGAUCAUCAGACUACAAGAACAGGAGCAAGUGCUUAGAUUAUCCAUUAAAGAAGCAACAGCUAAAAUGGUGAUGAGUCAGAGGUUGGGCGGAAGUCUGCGGCGUAAACUCAGUGAGAGUGAAACACAGCUGUUGGCUUUACAUGAGGCGAAGCUAACGGCCAUUACAGGAAAUGAUUUCAGCAGUGCAAAGCAACUGAAAGCAGAAAUCAGGAGCGUUUACAGUGAGAGAGAUCGUCUGGAAGGUCUGUUGAGGAAACUGAAGACCAUCAGCACAGGAAGUGGACCUGAUCUGACCCACAUGAAGCACCAACACAACCAGAUUAAACUGGAGCUGCAGCAGAGAGAGGACCAGUACAAAUGCAGUUUAAAAGAAAACACCUUGAAGUACAUUGAGUUUCUUGAGGAUCGACUUCACAGUUGUGGAAGUCCAGCUUUGGAACAUAUUUUGGAAGCAGAUUUGGAGGCUUGCCACCUCCUCCUGAAAGGUCUCGAGCGGCACACGCCCACGCCCAGCCUCUCAGAGACAGAUGAUCUCCCCUCUUCACCAGGAUCGAGUUUAAGUGCCCUGACAUUCACUAAAGCAGAAGCGGACUGUGCCAUGUUGACUGCUCUUGGGGGGCGCUGGUGUCCUGAUGCUGACCUACAGCACUCUGAGUUCACUAAGAAAUUAGAGGAGUUUCUGUUCUGUUUGGAGGACAGUUCAGCCGAGGAUCUCUGUGAUGAAGUGUUAGACCUGACGGAGCGCUGUGAACUCAUCAGUGACAGACUGCAUCACCUGGAAGACCAGCUCCAGACCGCCAUAAACAACCACGACAAGGACCUCACUCUGUCCCUGGAGAAGGAUGUUCAAGAGGUGAAGGCUACUCUUCAGUCCAUGCUGUCACAGUUGAUGGAGGAUGAAGACAAGUAUUGUGACGUAGAGGAAGAACAGUUCAAGGAGGAGGACAUAGAAGAAGAGCAUUACUUCAGUGACAGCUGGGAGAUUUAAAAUAGUCUUGAUGUUUUAUGUAUUCAUGUCCAGGUGAGAUGCUCCACCUGGAAGUCCUGUGUCCAUGGGUUGUGUAUCCUUUGACUGUAUAUGUAACUCCUGUGAAACUCCACAUUCUUGUAAUCUCAUCUUGCACUGUGCUGUAGCACUUACUGUAGUAGGACCACUAAAAGUGUCAUUUGUAUUCAUUUGUCGGGAGUUCACAUAGUGUCAUUGAUCAUGCAACAGUAUAUUUCCUGGCGAGGUUGCCUACCACUAGAAAGUCAUUCAGAAGAAAAGCCCUUUAUCUGAUUGAUCUGUAAACCUUCACCUCAAAAUAAUUUCUUAUUUUUACAACCAUAAGGCUUUUUGUAUUGUGCCAUUAUUUUCAUGAUAAUUAAGCACAUUUUCAACCAAAUUCUAAAGAGCAUUACUGUAAUGCGUCUAGACGUUUUACUAACAUUUUUGUAAUUCAUAUAAUUCUCAAUUGUGAUUCUCAUUACUGUAAAAGUCUUUUUUUAUUGUAUUACACAAUUUUGUUUCAUCUGCAUAAAUGAAAGUUAGUACAGAAAAUACUACCAUGAUGUAAAAAUACUUGAUAAUUUUAAUUAUAUAAAUAUUUUCACAUUUCAGUAAUAUAAAUGUGCUUAAUUGUCACUUAAAUAUUAAAUGGACCUAAAAUAAUUUUCAGUUACUUUAUUCAAAGUAUAAUUUCUUAUAGCUUUCUCUUGAUUUUGGAGUGAAAUAUGAUCUGUUUGAGAGAUUCAUCCAUCUAGUGGUUAUUUAUUUACCGUGGUAUAUUUUGCAGGCGUUGCCAAAUGACAGCUUGUAAGCUUGUUUUUGUUCAUUUAAUAAACAUGGCACAUCCUAUUUAUUUAUUUAUUUAUUUCAUUUGCUUUGAUAUGUCUUGCAAUUAAUUUAAAACCCUUUCAGACACCACUAGAGAACAACUUACAGUUACAUAGACAUUCAAAUCUGUCAAGGACCAAAAUUAAAAGAUUACAGUACAUGAGAACAACAGACUGAAAUAUAUUCCUUUAGUCAAUUUGGCUCAUGAGCUCAGGACUAAAUAAUUUAGCUUUUAAUGUAGCAUCCCCUUAUGACUGAAUUCUGAACAGUUUUUUACUAGUUCAUGAUGGAACUUAAGUCUUGAGUCCUGUUUAACUAGGUCAGCUAGAUCUAGCACUCCGUGUGUAAACCCUGUUUAUGUACUGUGUUUGUAUAUUGUAAAUUAUAAGGGGCAUUACGUGCAUUACGUGCCUUUAACUGUGUUUAAAAUAAAGGUUCUUUAUCAGCAUGUAUGGUUCCAUGAAGAAUCUUUUACAUAUGGAACCUUCUCAUUCCUCAAAAGGUUCUUUGUAUUGGAAAAAGUUUCUUUAGACUACAAAAAGGUUCUUUUAAGAAAGGUUCUUUGGGGAACCAAAGAUGGUAGAUCUAUGGCAUUGGUGCGAAAAACCCUCUUUGAAACCUUUAUUUUUUGAGUGUGUGGUCUGUCCACUCCUUAUUGAAGUCGAACUAGUUUUUCCUCAUUUCUAUAACUGCAUUUGUCCAGAAGUACCACUGUUUUAACAAAGCACUUUUGAAAUAUAAACAGUUUUUGUCUUUGUUACCUCUUAUUAAAAAUGUAAUUUGUUUCUGUUGUACUUACAAA